AUGGUGUCUGCUCUUGCACCCUUCUGGCUGCUAAGUGAAUUUGAGCAGCUCAACUGCAAUUGCCUUUUUCCACCAUUGCUACCCACUGUGCUUUUGUGACAGUGAACUCAGGAGUUUUGUGGCAGGCACCAUGAUAAGAAGAGACUGAAAUGCUCCCAAGUCCCUGGGCACUGAGUCGAGGGGAAUUAAAGCCACACAGGCCACAAUUGCAGAGCUCCAACACAGCCCUGGUGCUGCUACUGCUGCUGAAAUCAAAUCAACUUACAGAGGCCAUCACAGAAAUUGACCUCUGGAGUGUCAAAUAAAAUGAAAAAAAAAAAACCACCAGGAGGAAGACAAAUCUCAACUUCUUCACUCGCUUCAUUGCUUGCUCUGAGCAGCAGAAAAUGGGGAUGCCCAGAGGUAUUUGCAGCUGCUGCUGAUCCCAGCUGCAGCUCAGCCCUGUGCAGAGUCCCAGCAGGAAGCUGAGCCCAGCCCGGGGAGCUCACACAGUGUCAGGGAGAUUCUUUCUCUGAAUUCACUCAGCCUUGCAUUCCCCAGCUAUGCCUGGUACCACCUCCUGUUUUCUAGGCUUAGAACAGGAGCAAUGCAAACCUUACCAAUGGCACAACUGCCCAGUCCACAGGGAAAAGGACAGAGAAAUUGUAAAGUUCUCCAGACAUUUGUCCUGCUUUGCUGGAAAAGUCGUGCUGCACUCACAGGAUGGAAAUCCAAGAGAAGCUGGAGUUCCUGGCACAUCUUGUGACAGAAGCUGGACCUCGUUCUCCAUGAAAGGUUCUUGGAAAGAGCAGCUGGGACAGUGGAGAAGAUUGCUGGGAAGCUGAAACAGCUUUCCAGAAGUGAAAUGAAAAUGAAAGAAACAAACCAAGCUGUUUUCCUCUAUUUCUUUCUAUGCUUCCCUUUUCCAUGUUGCACUACUUGUCCAUGCCAUUAAUUCCAAAGGGAUCUCACCUCGAAGAUGAGUGACUUAGUGAGUUUUAGACACUGUGAAAUACCAUGGGCUGUACACACAGUUUGCCUUCCCCUGUUUUUGUUGUCAAGCAGUGCUGGAGACAUAAGUGUAGUGCUUGGGUCGGGGACGAAUCCUGCAGGCAGGGAAUGUGCCCCGGCAGUGUGUGAGCCUGAGCAGGGACAAUGCAGAGCAGCAAGCGAGGGGAUUCCUCUGGCACUGCGCAGGAGUCCGGACUCUGGGUCUGGGCUGCACAGGGCCAAGUUCCCGUGUUUGGACAGGCUCAGGGGCUGCCCCCGGGGCGCGCGGGGCUCGGCCGUGGAACGGACACGCGGACAAACGGCCCCGGGGCUUCGGUGGCAGCGGCGGCAGCGGCGGCAGCAGCAGCAGCGGCGGCAGCAGCAGCAGCGGCGGCAGCGACUUUUCGGAAUCUCCGAACUCUGCGACCCUCCUCACCUCCUGUUCCCCCUCUCCCUCUCCCACUGUCCUGCACUGUCUCUCUUGGUGUCCCUUUCCCGGUCUCCCCAGCCCCUCUUGGUAUCCCCGUCUCGGCCUUUCCCUCUCCCCCUGCCGGGCCGGGCCAUGCCCCCGGCCCCCCUCCGGCCCCGGGCGGGGCUGCCCCGUUCCCGUUCCCGGGCGUCCCCCCGCGGUCUCGCCUGGGCCCGGCUCUGGCCGUGCUGGCGGUGGCGCUGCUGGGCCGGGAUCAGUGCCUGGGGCUGGGGCGGCAUCGCCACCCUUUGGCUGCGCCUGGGCCGGGCACGGCCUCGGCCCCGGUGCCGACCCCGAGCCCGGCGCCGCCUCCUCCCGGGCCCCGCGGAGGACACACGCGGCGCGGCCGCUCCCGCCGCCUCCGCUGCGGCUUCCCCGGCCCGAGCUCCGCCGCUCGGCAGCGCAGCCGCCGGCCCCGAACCGCCGGGGCCCGGCGCGGGUGGGGAUGCCCGGCCCGGGCCGCUCGGGGGGCGCUCGGGGGCCGUGUCUGGCCCCGGGCCGAGCGCUGACGGCCGCGUGUCGCCCGCAGGGAAGGCGCAGGAGGCCCUGCAGGACCGGUACCGGCUGGGUUCGCUGCUGGGGCGCGGAGGAUUCGGCAGCGUCUACUCGGGGACACGAGUGUCGGACGGCGCCCCGGUGGCCAUCAAAUGCGUGCCGCGGGAUCUCAUCCGGCUCUGGGGCGAGCUGCCCAACGGCGCCCGUGCGCCCCUGGAGAUCGUGCUGCUGGACAAGGUGUCCGCUGGCUGUGCUGGUGUCAUUCAGCUCCUGGAGUGGCUUGAGCUCCCCGACAGCUUCUUGUUGGUGCUGGAGCGUCCGGAGCGGUGCCAGGACCUGUCGGCUUUCCUGGCGGAGCGGAGGUUCCUGCCGGAGGAGGAGGCGCGGGCGCUGUUCCGCCAGGUGCUGGAGGCCGUGCGGCACUGCACCAGCUGCGGGGUCCUGCACAGGGACAUCAAGCCCGAGAACAUUCUGCUCGACCUGGCCACCGGAGAGCUCAAACUCAUCGACUUUGGCUGUGGCGCCUUCCUCCAAGACACAGCCUACACCCAACUUGCAGGAACCCUGUCCUACAGCCCACCAGAGUGGAUCCAGCAGCAGCGCUACCACGGCGAGGCAGCAACGAUCUGGUCCCUGGGCCUCCUGCUGUACCACCUGGUCGUGGGGAAGCACCCGUUCAGGAGGGGCCAGCAGAUCAUCUGGGGCCGCAUCUUGUUCCCACGAUGGCUCUCUCCAGGGAAGGAGGAGGCCCUGGAGAAGCUCUGUCAGGUGGGGCUGCUGCUGGAGACACCAAGGACAACCUCAGCCGGGCUCUGCGGGUGCUGA